GCCGGCCCCUUGGCGGCGGCCGUGAGGGGAGCGCUGCCCGGCGGGCGCGGGGAGGAAGCGGCGGCCGGCUGCGGCCGACAUGGAGGAGCGGUCCCCUCCCGGCGGGGGCCCCCCGCGGGACUGAGCGAGCGGCCGCCCGCCCCGCGCCUCGGCGGGGCUGCGGGAGCGGGGCCAGCGGCGGGCGGCAGCCCCGGCGGGCGAGGCGGGGGGGUGUGUGUGUGUGUGUGGGGGGGGGGGGACUAUGCGGGGCUGCCCGCGCCCCGGCGCCCUGCGAGCCGAGCCCGGCGAGCGGCGGAACGCCGCGGCGCUGCCCGGCCGCCUCUCCGCGCAGGCGGCGGGAGGAGACUAGAGGCGACUCUCCCGAGGAGCCCGGCGGCUUUCCCAGCCCGAGAGACCCAACUCCUGAGCGGGCUCUUCAGGAGGAAUUGACAACAUGGCUUCCCCACCGCACCAGCAGCUGCUGCAUCACCACAGCACCGAGGUGAGCUGCGACUCCAGCGGGGACAGCAACAGCGUGACGGUGAAAAUCAACCCCAAGCAGCACCAGGGCUGCUCCUCUUCCAAGCACUGCAAGUACAGCAUCUCCUCCAGCUGCAGCUCGGGGGAGUCGGGGGGCACCCGCCGAGCCGGCGGAGGUGGCGGCAGCGUCCCCGGCCUCCGCCGGCAGAAGAAGCUGCCGCAGCUCUUCGAGAGGGCCUCUUCCAAGUGGUGGAACCCCAAGUUCGACUCCAACAACCUGGAGGAGGCUUGCAUGGAGAGAUGCUUCCCGCAGACCCAGCGCAGGUUUCGCUAUGCCCUCUUCUACAUUGGCGUGGCCUGCCUUCUCUGGGGCAUCUAUUUUGGCAUACACAUGAGAGAGAAACUGAUGGUGUUCAUGGUGCCGGCUCUGUGCUUCCUCUUGGUGUGUGUAGUGUUUUUUGUGUUCACCUUCACUAAGACUUACGCUCGCCAUUACGUAUGGACUUCGCUGAUACUCACCCUCCUGGUUUUUGCUCUGACUCUCGCUCUGCAGUUCCAGGCUCUGAAGCCUAUCUCAGGAAGUGGUGACAUGCCCAAUCAGACUGCCCCAGCAGAUCCUACAGACACUUGUCUUUCUCAAGUAGGCAGUUUUUCUAUGUGUAUCGAAGUGCUCUUGUUGCUUUACACGGUGAUGCACUUACCCUUGUAUUUAAGCUUGUUUCUGGGACUGUCAUACUCGGUCCUCUUUGAGACCUUUGGUUAUCACUUCCGUGAUGAGAACUGUUUUACGCCUCUCGGAGCCGGCGCGGUUUACUGGGAGCUGUUGAGUAAAGCCUUCCUGCACAUCUGCAUCCACGCCAUUGGUAUUCAUUUAUUUAUCAUGUCCGAAGUCAGAUCGAGAAGCACAUUCCUGAAAGUGGGGCAAUCAAUCAUGCAUGGAAAAGACUUGGAAGUGGAAAAAGCCCUGAAAGAGAGGAUGAUUCACUCUGUUAUGCCAAGAAUAAUAGCUGAUGACUUAAUGAAGCAGGGGGAUGAUGAAAGUGAAAACUCCAUCAAACGUCAUUCCACCUCAAGCCCCAAAAACAGGAAGAAGAAGCCCUCCAUCCAGAAAACCCCCAUAAUAUUCCGUCCCUUUAAAAUGCAGCAGAUAGAGCAAGUGAGCAUUUUGUUUGCAGAUAUUGUUGGCUUCACAAAAAUGAGCGCCAACAAAUCUGCUCACGCUCUGGUGGGACUCCUGAACGACCUCUUCGGACGUUUUGACCGUCUGUGUGAGGACACUAAAUGCGAGAAGAUAAGCACUUUGGGAGACUGUUACUACUGCGUAGCUGGCUGCCCAGAGCCCCGGGCAGAUCACGCUUACUGCUGCAUCGAGAUGGGCUUGGGUAUGAUUAAAGCCAUUGAGCAGUUUUGCCAGGAGAAAAAAGAAAUGGUGAACAUGAGAGUCGGUGUUCAUACCGGGACAGUCCUGUGUGGCAUUUUGGGAAUGAGGAGAUUCAAGUUCGAUGUGUGGUCCAACGAUGUCAAUUUGGCCAAUCUGAUGGAGCAGCUCGGGGUGGCUGGAAAGGUCCAUAUUUCGGAAGCUACUGCGAAAUACCUGGAUGAUCGUUAUGAAAUGGAGGAUGGAAAGGUGAUUGAGCGAGUUGGUCAGAGUGUGGUAGCUGACCAGUUAAAAGGUUUGAAGACCUAUCUGAUCUCUGGUCAGAAGGUGAAGGAGCCCCACUGCAGCUGUUCACAAGCGUUGCUUCCCGGCCUGGAGUCCGGAGACGGAGCCAGGAUACAGGGAGCAUCGUCAGCCGAGAACGCCAGCGACUCGACAAAGACUCUCAAACAUGUGGACAAACCUAAGCCUUGCCCUUCAUGUAGUACCACCCUUACUCCCCACUGCGAUGUCAGCAUAGACGAAGGAGCUAUCCAAAAUGGUUGUCAGGAUGAGCAUAAAAACAGUACAAAGGCUCCAGGAGGACACAGUCCAAAGACUCAGAAUGGACUUUUGAGUCCUCCACAGGAAGAAAAGCUCAGCAAUAGUCAAACCUCGCUUUAUGAGAUGUUGCAAGAGAAAGGGAAAUGGGGUGGAGUGAGUCUGGAUCAAUCAGCUCUCCUUCCUUUGAGGUUCAAAAACAUCAGAGAAAAGACAGAUGCUCACUUUGUGGACGUGAUUAAAGAAGACAGCCUCAUGAAAGACUACUUCUUUAAACCACCUAUUAACAAGCUGAGCCUGAACUUCUUGGAUCAGGAUUUGGAGAUGGCCUACAGGACAAGCUAUCAGGAAGAGGUUAUAAGGAAUGCUCCAGUGAAGACAUUUGCCAGUGCUACCUUCAGCUCGCUCCUGGACGUGUUCCUCUCCACCACAGUCUUCCUCAUACUCUCUAUCACAUGUUUCCUGAAACACGGGAUGGUUGCGUCCCCUCCACCACCUGCAGCAGUCGUGGUGUUCAUCAUCGCCGUCCUGCUAGAGGUGCUGUCCCUUGUCAUCUCAAUUAGGAUGGCGUUCUUUCUGGAGGAGGUGAUGACUUGCACCAAGCGUCUCCUGGAGGUGAUAUCUGGCUGGCUGCCUCGACAUUUUUUUGGUGCAAUCCUGGUUUCUCUCCCAGCUCUUGCAGUUUUUUCACACUUCACCUCUGAUUUUGAAACAAAUAUACAUUACACCAUGUUUAUGUGUUGCGCGAUUCUGAUCACCAUUGUGCAGUACUGUAACUUCUGCCAGCUUAGCUCCUGGAUGAGGUCUCUGUUGGCAACCGUAGUAGGAGCAGUGCUUCUCAUUCUGCUCUACGUCUCCUUGUGUCCAGACAGCUCCAUGGAAACUUUUCGCGUAGAUUUGGCACAGAACUUUAGCUCCAGAAAGAGUCCGUGCAACAGUUCGGUGCCAAAUGACACAAAGAGACCAGCAGACCUGAUCGGUCAGGAAGUGAUUUUGGUUUCCUUCCUUCUGCUCCUCCUGGUCUGGUUUCUGAAUCGAGAGUUUGAGGUCAGUUACCGUCUCCACUACCAUGGAGAUGUGGAGGCUGAUCUUCAUCGCACCAAAAUUCAGAGCAUGAGGGAUCAGGCUGACUGGUUGCUGAGGAAUAUUAUUCCGUACCAUGUGGCUGAGCAGUUGAAGGUUUCCCAGAGCUAUUCCAAAAACCACGACAGUGGCGGAGUAAUCUUUGCAAGUAUUGUGAACUUCAGCGAGUUCUAUGAAGAGAACUACGAAGGAGGCAAAGAGUGCUACAGAGUCCUGAAUGAAUUGAUUGGGGAUUUUGAUGAGCUGCUGAGCAAACCACAUUACAGCAGCAUUGAGAAAAUCAAAACAAUUGGGGCAACCUAUAUGGCCGCGUCGGGACUGAACACCUCGCAGUGUCAGGACAACAACCAUCCCCAUGGCCAUUUGCAGACCCUUUUUGAAUUUGCCAAAGAAAUGAUGCGAGUGGUGGAUGACUUCAACAACAACAUGCUGUGGUUUAAUUUUAAACUUAGGAUCGGAUUUAACCACGGCCCCCUCACGGCUGGGGUCAUUGGCACCACCAAGCUGUUGUACGACAUUUGGGGUGACACUGUGAACAUUGCGAGCAGGAUGGACACCACUGGUGUCGAGUGUCGUAUACAGGUGAGUGAGGAGAGCUACCGCAUCCUAAACAAGAUGGGGUAUGACUUUGACUACAGGGGGACAGUCAAUGUGAAGGGGAAAGGUCAGAUGAAGACCUACCUUUACCCAAAAUGCAUGGACAACGGGAUCGUGCCACAUCACCAGUUGUCUAUAUCUCCAGACAUUCGGGUUCAAGUGGAUGGCAGCAUUGGGCGAUCUCCGACGGAUGAGAUUGCCAACCUGGUGCCUUCUGUACAGAAUUCUGAUAAAAUAGCCCAUGGCACAGAUAACUCAGAAACCAAGGACAUCCUUCCUUCCGCCAAGAAGCUCCAGAAAGAUGCGGUGAAAGCAGAGGAGAGGUGCAGGUUUGGCAAAGCCGCAGGGAAGACUGACUGUGAGGAAGCGGGAACUGAGGAGGUCAAUGAACUGACAAAGCUAAAUAUCUCUAAGAGUGUAUGAUGCACUGUCAGAGUUGCAUGAAGUGCUCUGUCAAUAGAAACACAAAGACACUUGCAAUUGGCAGUUUUCUUUUUCGAGAGAGACCUUCUCAACACCUGGGUUGUACGUUUGUUUUCAUUUCAGCGCCUGGUGCUGUGUGGAUCACAGCUCUUCAGGGCUUGUUUUCAUCCAUCUCUCUCCUCCAUGCCCCAAAUCACAUCCCAAGCUCCCCAGCUCCCUGUGCAACCAUCUUACAGCUGAGUAGAGGAUAUUAAGUGCCUUCAGAUAUACUCCAUUGGACUCCCUGUCAAGGUACAGAGGCCCCAAGUGAAAUCAAAGCUUUGGGUAUUUAUCUAAUUUUAAAGAAAAGCAAAGCUGUGGUUAUAUCAUUUUUAUUGUCGUUUCUCACAAAACACUUUUUUUGCCUAAUGCAACUCCUUGGGUUUUUUAUAUCUCUCUGAACAAUGUUUUACUGUUAUCAGACCUUUUGUAUGUAAACACACAGACAAAUGUGCAUGUAUCUACCAUAUGAGACUGACAUAAAGUGCCAGUAACGUACCACAAAAGAAUGUUUUGGCGAGGGGGUGACACAAUUUGACUUUGUGUUGGGCUGGAGGAGGAGUUCUGCAGUGGCUCAACAUUUAGUUAGAGUAGGCUGAACAACUGCUGUAGUUUUAUUCUCCCGUACCAAUGCUUUCUUCAACCUUAAUGUGCCAUUGUGUGCUUUGGAUACACUUCUUUUCCAUAUAGCCAAUGAGUUACUGAUAUGUGGGAGUGGAAUAAGGGUUCGGACAUCACCAGCUCUCAGGACAGGUUUCCAGAAGCAGACGAGUGACCACAAGAGUGUUACAAUUCAGGUCUUACGAGUCUAAAGCAGUUUCAUGUUACUCCGUACGCUAGCAGAAUUUGUGAAGGUAGGUGAAGUUGGUAUCUCUAAGCUGGUCUGAUUUGAGAGAGAAGCGAAAUAAAUGUUUUGGGAAUGCCGUUAUUUAUUUAUUUAUUUUAUUCCUGUUUUUAUUUGGUUUGGGGGUUCUUGUGUGUGUGGGCAGAAGGGAUCAGGAGAGAUGAAUUGCUAAUUGGUUUAAUUAGAUGGUGUUUCAGCCUCUUUGAACUACCAACCACUGUGAGGAUGUUACCUAGGCAAUAUUUGUUUCAAAGCUGGUGAGACUUCCGAAGCCACCAAACACAAUUCAGUAUCCCAGCUUCCCUCUGUACUGAAUCAAUGGUGCUGCACAAUAUUUUUUCAGGAUCGAUCCCCCCCCCCUACACUGUGCUUUUGCAGCAGGGAAUAGAACAGCAUGCUCCCUGCGUGCCACUGAAAGCAGGAAUAGGGAAAAGCGUCCUUUCUAGUGAGCUGAGAAGCACAAUAAUUUCCCAGUCCUGCCGAUGACUCUGCGCAGGUCCCUGGGACCGGGGACCUGCAGGAGCCCCGGGACCUGCUCGCACAGAGGGAGCUGCAGGCUGGGGGCCUUAGACUACACCAGUUUGCCCUCUGCAUGCUUCCAUCACCUCCUUCACUUACACUCGAUGUCCUGCUUUGGAUAAUAUUGAUUAUUCAGCUGUUGCGGUUCAGCUAUCUCCUUGCGACACCAAAUAAAAACGAAAGAAUUUUUAUGCCCGAAGUAAGUUUGUUAGCCAGGGAAGAGUGGGUGAAAUGCAGUGCUGUGCUGUCUGCAUAUUGGCGUGGGGUUUAAUUCCUUCUUUCCAUCUGAACUAAAGUCAGAAUAUAUUGAUACUUCUUCUUAUUCCCUGUGUGAUUUUUGGAGUUUGAGUAAUAAAUACAUUGUGAAGUUCCUGUUCAGCUACUUGAGACCCAUCUACACUUUACGGUCAGCGCAGAGCCCUUGAAGUCUUUGUCAAACAUAAAUCCAGGAGAUUUCUGAGUCUCAGUUAAUUAAACGAUACUCUGCACACUGUUCUCACAAAAGCUGCUGUUUAUACAUAUCUAACUUGCAUUCGAUAGGCAAGCUAUUUAAAAUGAAUCCUACUUGCUCAACCUGCUAGCACACAGAAAAAUUGGGGGAUACUCAUCCCCAUACCCUUCUGCCACAGAUGCUGUAGCCUGUUUGGUGGCUAUUCCUGACAAGCAACAAUACAAGGUUUUUAUCAGUGCACAGUUUUACAGCAGCCUUCCUUCUCCGUAGAUUCAAAGUAGGCCCCUCCCUGUAGUGGGUUGCACUUCCAACUUUCAGGUAGUAUAAUUCUGCAAAUACCUCUUGCAUCUGAAGAAUGCAUUCUUGAAACCAUUUUUAGGGUUCUUGUUUCAGUUAAGCCUGUGUCAGUGUUCCUUUUCUUCCAGUUAGAGGAGUUAAAUGGCCCAGAAUUGUUUACAUGCCGUCUAGUGUUAUAUUAGUGUCUCAAAGUCAUUCAAACCUUUCUCCCUUUCACUUCUUUCUCCCCAUUUUAUAGACUCUACCCAGCAUUUCUCUCUCAUUGAUCAGCUGUUUGCAAUGGCAGAGUUCAGUCGAGACACGCUGGCUUCUCUUGCGUGUGAGACACUGCACCAUAACCGAACCUCCACCAGCAAGAGCCCUGCACCCAGUGAGAGGUUUGCAGCCCGUGAUUAAACCGGAGAGGAGAGGGUGCUGGGGUGUAGGGCCCCGGGCCCAGGGCGCCUUCCUUCUCACUGUUCAGCUGUGCACUGCAAAAUACAAAAGCCUCGUCCUCCAGCCUAUAAAGUAAAUAACACUCCUGUGCUGUCGUGGUGUGGUGCUGCGGGAGCUGGGUUUCUGGUAACAUUAGAAUACAAAAAAAAAAAAAAAAAAACAAAAAAAAAAAAAAAAACAACAAACCAAAACCAACACCAGGGCCUCUUUUUCGUUGGCACCGAGCAAAUAAAAUGACUGAGGACAGAAGCAUUAGUGGACUCUGAAAUCAAGGGCUGCUGCCCGCUCUGGGACGGCCGGCGAUGUUACUCUGCCCUAACUCUGAAGUGGGGAAGAGAGUCGUAAGAAGUCGAGUAACUUGUGGCACCCCUGCUUGCUUAUUGCCACCAGGACAGUAGCAGGAAUUCAACAGCUGAGACUGCAGGUCUUCUUUCAGAGGUGUUAAAUCUUCUCUUUAUUGCAGUGUAGUAACGAAAUCGAGAAGCUAAGCUCUUGAGGUACAGGUUGGCUUGUGAGAUUUUCCCAGGCACGAGGAGCAAGGAGUUAGGUGUUUUCUGUUUAAAACCGUGGGAGCUGAACCUUUUCACCUUCCCUUUCCGCCUUUGAAAAGCUGUCCCAAUACUUGCAAAAAUUACUCUGGAGGCGUUUUUAAUGGCAUCGUGCAGUUCUGCCUUCCCCUCUGCAGCCGUGACGUGUGUGUGCUUGUGGGAGGCCGUGACCAAAGUUCAUUUUGUUAAGGUGUCUUCUGUGCUUGCUGUGCUAGUGCCAGCGCAGUUUGGACACAGCGUAAAAGUUGAGGAGUUGGCCAGGUACCUGGAAGUGUAUUCUGCAAGAUACAAAGAGUGGGAGGAUUUUGAUGUGACAAAAAGGGGGAGGGGGAAGAGGAUGGACCCUCCAAGGGCUUCACUCCCCAAAAAACAAAAAAAGAAGUGUUUGAAUUCUCUUACUUCAGGGCUAAAACACAGAAAGGAGGCGCCUGGAGCAAAAAUGCAAGGAGCUAUAAACCAAACACUGUAUGCAUACCAGCUUUUAGCUGAAGAUCAUCUUCUUCUUGAUUAAAGAGUCAAGCUUUUAGGAUAUCUAGCAUUUUUAAAUUGCUAACAAACCUGUUUUGAAAACUUUGAUUCGGAAUACAACAAAAAAAGAUGUCGCAAGGGAACAGUUACUAAUUCCAUGUCUUUAUUUUGCGAUAUCACAAGAGGCUGAGAGUGCCUGAGGUUGGAUAUAAUGCGAUCAGCUAUUUAACUGUGCAGCUUGAGUUGGCAUUUUUUGCCAGAUUUAAAGACUGUGUCUGUUUUCUCCCUCCUCCCCUGCUGUGGUCGUUUGCUCAGUCUGGACAGGACGGGUGAGUGGGUCUUGCCUCCCUGCUCCUCACCUCUUCUAAGCUGUGUCUUCCGCACUGCGCAGCAGCGUUUGAAUUCCACUGCUGCGAGGUGGUGGCUUCAGAUGCUGCUUUCACUGCUGCUUGCCUCUCUCUUCCCUAAUAUAGAGAGGAAGAGUACGUUCGCUUUGAUAUCUUGGUCCAUUUGGCUGGUCACAGCUGCAGCUUCCUCCUUGUGUUGUUGUUAAGCUGCUUGACAGAAGAUACAGAAGGAGCAGCAGGCACAUCCCAGUAGUUAAACUUAAGAAUUCUGUGGAAAAAUACAUUUUUCAUCAACGCCAGAAGUGGAAAAAAAGUUGUAUUUCCCUGUUAACAAGCAUGCAAAAGCAGAAGAGGGUAAGAAAAAAAAAACCCACAGUGUUUGCUGUCAGUGUUGGGAUUUGCUGGGAUUCCCUUAAGUCCUGGGUUAGUUAAAUAUUACAGAACUGCUAAAAAUGCAGUAAUUAUUUCUUGGUACGGCUUUCCCAAAUGCUGAAGACGUUGCAGGGUUGGUUUGACUGUAACUACAGAAUGAUUUUCAUGUGGCAAGAGCAACAGUGGGGGCAGAGGUGCAGGGAUCCCCCAGUGCUGCAGUGCUUCCAUCUCGAUGCGCAGGCAGCGGCAAAAACCCAGUUGGGAUCCUGAGUAGUGCUGAGACUUGGCGAGAUGUAUGGGGAACGUCAGUUUGGGCAGGAAAGUUGUUUAUUCCAAUGUUGUUUUUUUUUUUUUUUUUUUUCUUUUGAGUUCUCUAUACAGGCUGCAGCAGUCCUUGUUUUGAUCUCUAGGGGAGCAACAUUUAAAGGGAAAAACCUCAACUGCUGUUCGUUGUUGCUGAGAAUACCCUCCAGUGCCGGUAGCGGUAGGAUUCUGCAAAGUCCUGUAAAAAGGUUGGAAAUUAUAAGCAAUUUCACGCUAAUUCGGGCAGACACUGUAGUCAUCCGGGUUUUAGUUUGAGCGCUCUGAUGACCUGAAGCUUUCUUCAGCCAAGAGCUAUGAAAUCGGGGACCGUUUUCUGCUAAAACACGCCAAAACCGUAAAGGAAGCUGGCGAGGUGGAAGCCCACGACCCGCAGAAAUGCGGCAGGAGCGGUGCAGCGUAGCGGUGGGGUUCUGGCUUCCUGGGCCACGCAGGCGGCGCGGGGGAGCCCCGUGCGGCAAACACGCGCUCCCAGGGGCAGAAAGCAGUGAGCAAAGGAGAAGGCGAAGGCGGAACGGGGCGCCGGGUUGUGUUGAAGGCUCCUCGGCGGCUUCCAGGUGCGACGUCUUUGCCGACUGCUGCGGGGGGAGGUUUCUGGGGCGGGAAGCAGAGCCCUGGCUGCCCAGCGGCACGUGUUCUGUGGUGGGGUCAGGGAGUCUUAAAAAGGGCUUAUUUUUAAAAAAAUCUGCUUUGGUGCCGCCCUUUGAACUCUGUCCAGAGUGACGAGAAGGAGUUUUUUCAGUGAAAAUCGCACACGAGGAGCUUAUUAUCUUUGUCUUGUGUAGAGUUCAUUUAAAAUGAACGUCGGGCUCUGAAGAGGUUCAAGUAGAAAAUAAAACGGGUGAAAUAUAUUUAGUCUUAACAGCGGCUCAGUUCAAGUGGUACCGUGGGGAAGAGUUUUGAGGUGCUUUAUAGAUGCACCGUAAAGCUCCGUUACAGAAAACUUGCGUGAUUUUUUUUCUGUAAAACCUCUUUCAAGUCUGUAUCAGGCGAGCUAAACUUCCGUCUACAGCCCCGAUAAGCGGCUGGGCUGCCGACGCAUACAGAAGUGUUUGCUACUUACCUUCAAGAGUCAGCGUUAGCUUUUGAGAAAGAAGAUUAUUUUGGGAAAAUUAGAUCAGCAGAAGAUAUUCAGAGCUUUUUUUCCCCCCACUUUAUUGUAGCUGCUAAACAUUUUUUGGCCUAACCAAGCUGCCCGGCCCGAGGCUGGCGAGGAGCGGGACCAGGCGCCCGGCGUUUUCACACACUCCGCUCCAACAUCGGUUUUAGCAGCUGCUGCACACGCGUGUCUCCAAGUCGGGAAUCGGUGUCGAGGAAGUAAAGUUGUUCAUGUUUUACACCUCUGGAAAAGCCCCGAGGCUGCUGCGUCGGCUUCUCGCGUCUGAGCCUUUACGCGGUUUGUUCUGUUCUCUCCCUGUUUCCUGGCUCACUGCAACAACGCGUAUUUUUAAUCUCCAGAAGCUGCAGCGUUCGCUGAAUCUGAAGAACUGCAGAAGGUCGUGGCCGGGAACGCUUACUUAAAUUUUAAGUUUUGGCUCUCACCGGUGCUGCUCUGACCAAUCUGUGAUCGGGCGCUAAGCAGCGACGCGCAGUGGUGUCGCCGCCACUCGCACAGCCCCCAUUUCAGCCUCAACUCUCAAAUUCUCCUUCGGAUGAGUCAAAACAAAACGGCUUUUUUCCAUCUUUUCUCCCUUAGUCACUCAUGUCUUCGCAUGUUUCUAACUUAAUGCAUUGGCUAAAUAGUAGUUUGCAGUUGAAAGACGGCUUGUAGCAAUUCGUUGUCGAAAGAUUUAAGCUCAGGACAGGGAAGGAUGCAGCGUGUGGUACAUCUGCGGGAUGCCCAGAGGGAAAAUGUCUCUUUAGCAUCUUUGAAACUUUACCGGAGUGAGACCAGCGCUGGGUGAUUUAUUCCUCAUAGGAGCUGUAUAACUCCAUCUUGCUGUUGCCCCUGGAGGUGGUCCACGGGAGGGGAGGUCGCAGUGCUCCGCUCUGCGUCGCUGCCUCAGCCAGGGUUUGGCCACCGGCGCGGUCCCACCGGCACCGUCAGACAUUUCUCUUCACCCGUAGUAGUUCAGGAGUCCGCAGCUGCCAGACUAACCCUCUCCCCAAUUUAAUUUCUUCUAGUUUGCAGAGAUGGCAUUGAGAGAGAUGUUCAAGGCCAGGUUGGACGUGUUCUAGUGGAAGGGGUCCCUGCCCGUGGCAGGGGGUUGGAACUGGACGAUCUUUCAGGUCCCUUCCAACCCAAACCAGUCUACGAUUCCAUAAUAAUAUAUAUAUGUGCCGGGACAGAGACUUGUUAUUACCCUACUGCAAGUACAGCUUUAAACUUCCAAAGUAAUAAACUCUUUAAAGCCAAGAGCCUUAACAACUGCAAACAUCUGCCGAGAGACAAAACACAGUUUCAGGUGUGCGCUGAAUAUUUGGGAAUUUUUUUGUGCUCAAUGACGGGUGUCUCCUGUUGGUGAGGAGGCAAUAUCCAAAGAUGAUUAGGACCUUGGCCACCUUCACCGAAUAACCGAGGAAGAGGUAGACAGGCUCCCCCCCUUGUGCUCUCAGGAAAGUCACCUCGCUCCCCCAGGGCUGGUGUGAUGGCUUUUGUAUAUUGCGUUGCUCGGAAAAGCUCCUUUCCAUGGAACAGUAUUUUUAAUUUAGCAUAAAACGUUGUCCGUGCUGGCGGCAGGGUUUGGAUGCCUCUUUUCCCACCCCCAGGGUCUUUCAGUGCAGCACUGAGAUGGAGCCGGCGGGGAUGGAGAUGAUGGGAAAAUUGCUCUGGGGGCAGCGUCCCGCCGCCCUGCUCGGUUGAGCCGGACCCCGGUCAGCCCCACGGCUCUCGGUGACCUUUAGAAAUACGUCUUCCCUCCUCCUAUCUGUUUCAUUUCACGUUUUCACGUGAGCAAAUUUUCAGCUGGUUAUUACAAACGUGCACACCGGGUCUGUCCGGCCUGGGUGCAGACAGUGCGACGGACAGUGUUACACCUUCCCCUGCGAAUCGCUGCGCGCCAGGAGCUGCGGCCCCUCCUUACAAACAGCCUGCGAGAAAUUAUUUUCCAAGUGAGAAAUUCAAAUCAGGGUUGGCUUCGGUUUGCCGAGUAGCUGCCAGCCAGGCAGCGGUGCGGGCCCGGGAGCCGGGGCGGACUCCCGACCACCCCCUGCUUGCUUUAAAACCUGCCUCGACAGUAUUAGCUGAGACUUCAGCACUGCCUGUCCUUGCAUAAGCACACGUGGAGAGGGUAGGGAGAGUGUUAACCGAGAACAUGACUGAAACGUUUAUUGAGUUAUGAAUUCAAAUGUUAACUGAGAACAGUUUCCAGUUAAAAAAGAAAAGAAGGAAGGGAAAAAAAAAAAAAAAAAAGGCGAGUUAAAACAUUUCAAAGUCUUCAGGUCAGCUGGAAAUUGUUUCUUCGUGACGUCUCUGCUUUCUUUCUCUUCCCACCCCAGCGAAGCCCGUGUUCCCGCUACCUUCUCCCCUCCCUCCUUGCAAAAAGAGAGAGAACCGGCCUGUUUACACCCACCGCCGGGGGAAGCUGGCGGCUUCUGCCAGGGCUUUGCUGGGGGACGGGGCUUCCCCGCAGCGGCUUCACUGUAAAUAUUCUGCCUAUGCUUCGUUGACAAAACCGAAAUGGAAAAAAGUUGUAUCUGUGAAAUAUUAAGCUGUAUAUGUAUAUAGAUAAAACGCGUGUUAUCUCCGACUCGUUACUACGGCUCUGUAAUCAAUUGUAUAUUAAACCGUUUUACUGUAUGGCAGAUCAUUUCACGCUAUCUUAGAUGUAGAAAAGCUGAGAAAGUAACUCACAAUACACUAUGUCAACUUAAAA